AUGUCCGGUCGUGGAACAAUGCUCAAAUUCUCUUAUCUGUUCGUGUUUCUCACCGUACUGGUCGUUCUCUAUGUUUGCGGUGCCCAGUCUUCCCGAAGUCAAAGAAUCACGUAUCGUGGACCUCAAUCCUACUCCGGAUAUCGUUCAGGCGCAUCGCAACAACAGAAAUACGGUCCGAGUCAAACAUUCGGUCGGAGGGUGCCAAUCAAUGACGUGAGGUUGUACGGGACACGUCGAAAUGAGGACAGAUAUCGUGAAGGAUUAGGCGAACUGGGUGCAUUGAUGGAUGACUAA